UGGAUGCGAAGGCAAGUGUUGCACGGCAUAAUGUGGCCAAUUCUUCCCUGAAGACAAUGGAGCAGAGCCCCCCUCCCGAGGCGGGCGGGCAGAGCCUCGGGAGCGCUGCCAGGAGCACUCGGCCAUCUGCUAAAUCCUGCUCUGUCUUCACGUUUUCAUGGUCUGUACCAGGGCGUACUGAAGAUCCAGCUACAGAUUCAUCAGUUGGAUCGGCAAAACUUGAUGUCAGUGUGGGGGCACCCGGGGUGAACAAAGCGCUGAGUGACAGCGCGGAGGAUCCCGCGGCAGCUGUGCGGGAGGAAGACGCGGAUAAAAACCUGACCCGGGCCCCGCCAGCAGCAUCGCUUUGUGACAUCGACCUCGCAGCAUCCGCGACACCUGAGGGAGAGGAUGUGGCCAUCUCAAAGCCAAAACAAGUGACCUUCUUUGAAAGGAUCUUCAAACUGGAGAAGGAGAAAGAAAAAACACAAAUUGAUUCCCAGGAGGAACGGCAGGCUUCAGACCUUCCCAACGGGCGUGCAGCCGCAGAAGAGGCGGCUGGGCUACAGAGCACAUCCAAUGGUGUCCCACAAGGGAAGGAGAUAGAUGACUGCAACCAAAAAGACGUACGACAGGACUCAGCAGGUGUCAGUGGUCUCACUGCUGAGCAACCUGAGAAGGCAGAGGUGAACCAAUACAACCCCCAGCCAGCUGCUGCAGUGGACAACUCCGUCAUGAGUUUCCUUAAAACACUGGUCUCCCCAAGCAAAGCUGAAGCCAAAAGUGAUUCUGAAGACAAGGGAUCGAAAGCGGAGAAAGGCCAUGGUGGGCAAGCUGCUCCGAAGACAGCGGCAGAAUCCCCAACUAAAGGAGCCAAGAAAAAGAAGGCAGAGAGUCCCAAGCUAGGACACAGUACCUUUAGUAAACUCUUUAGGCAUAAGGCUGCGAAAGAGACCCAACAGACACCUAACACCAAAAGCACUGAACAGCAGCCGGUUACCUCUGUAAAACCAGACAAAAAUGUCCCCUCCUCUCAAGAGCCACAGGUCACUAAACAGAGCACAAAAGCCCCUGAGCCGGCAGCCCAACAGCAGGCAGCGGCCAGCGAAGCCCCCAAAGAGGCAACGAAGGAGAAAGCAGCAUCCACCCCUAUGCCACUGAGCAAGCUCUUCUGGAAAAAGAACGCAUCAGAAGAAGCGGAGAUCAUAAGCAAUGAGAAAGCAGAGGUGUCUCUAGAAGCGGUGGCUGGUGACAAGGACGAGAGCAGGAGCCCCGAGGCUGCGGAGGCGAGACCCAGGAGAGAGGAGAGCAAAACCCCCAAGGCCAACCUGCGGAAGUUUUUUAAGCUGGUAAGUGCCAAGGGCUCAGA